AUGCAUCCUCAAUUCACUAACAUUAACUUAUGUAUUUAUCCUUUAAUCACAGAAACUCAAUCAAUCAAUUUAAAUUUUAAAAACCAACCUAACAAUUUAUUUGAUAUUCCAUCAGUUAACCAAUCCAAAAAAAUUAAUUCAACCAUUAAUUCAAGUACUUUAUCAAAUGAAACUUAUAAAUCAACCACCAAUCUUCAUUUUUUUACAAGACCAAAUAAAAAUUUUAGUUCACCUUCAACAAAAACCAAAAAAUUCCCAAACAAUUUGUUUAAUUUAGACAAACCAGUUUAUCCUGCUUUAGAUGAUUUAAUUAAUUUAGAAAAAUCAACCCCAACUCAAUUCAUCUCAUUACACAGAAUUGAAGCAUUAAAUAAAACAAUAUCAAUCCCAGAAACAACUGAAGAAGAACAAAUUAGUCUUAAUUUCCCUAUUUACCAUCAAUUAGAUAACCUCAUAAAUUUUGAAUAUAAAUUUUAUCACGAAUUUUUUAAAACUUCACAUGAAGCAACAGCAGUAUCACAACCAACUAAUAUUGAAAACUCAAAAGAUGCUGCAUCUGAAAAUACAAACAUCACUAACAUUUUACAAGAAUCGAUAGCAUCAUCACAACCAACUGAAACUGGAAAAGCAAAACAUUCUGUAUCUGAUGAUCAAAACAUCACUAACAUUUCACAAGUAUCAACAGCAGUAUUACAACCAACUGAAGCUGGAAACACAAAAGAUACUAAAUCUGAAAAUAUCACUAACAAUUCCCAAGUAUCAACAGCAUUAUCACAACCAAGUAAAGUUGAAAACACAAAACAUACUGAAUCUGAUGAUCAAAACAUCACUAACAUUUCACAGAUAUCAAAAGUAGUAUCACAACCAAUUAAACUUGAAAAUACAAAAGAUACUAAAUCUGAUGAUAAAAACAUCACUAAAAUUCCACAUGAAUCAACAGCAUUAUCACAACCAAUUAAAAUAGGAAAUACAAAAGAUACUGAAACUGAUGAUAUUCCAGAAACUUUACAUUUUCAACCAGAAAAAUUCUUGAGUCAUAAGUGUGAUGAGGUUAGAGUUGUUUGA